AUGCCUACAAAUGUGUACAGAGUCCAAGGGCCCGAAGGGACCAUACCGUAUGAACAAUACUUAAUCGAUAGAAAUAAUAAUAAACUUGAAGAAAUUGCCACAAGUUUAAUGAAGGAUGUGCGAUGUGAUGGCAGAGAUAUUUCAGCCCAUAGAAAUUUAUGUAUCAAAACUGGUAUUGUUACACAAGCCAAAGGAUCAGCUUAUUUAGAAUGUGGUAGUACAAAAUUAAUAUGUUCUGUAUUUGACCCUAAAGAAGUUCCGAAUAAAGUAGAAUAUGCUAAAACUGGAGUACUUCAGUGUGAAUUUAAAUUUGCUACAUUUUCAUGUAGACAACGGCGCACUUACACAAGAGAUUCUGAAGAACGGCAAUUGUGUAAUGAACUACGCAGAGCUCUAGAACCUGCUAUUUGUAGAGGUGAAUUCGCAAAUUUUGAGAUUCAUAUUAACGUUCUGGUAUUGGAAAAUGAUGGAUCUGUGUUGGCUGCUGCAAUCACAGCUGCAGGACUUGCACUAAUGGAUGGAUGUAUACCUAUGUAUGAUGUGAUCGUUGCCACUUCAUUGGGUAUUUACAAAAAUAAAAUUUUAGUGGAUCCAACAUAUGAUGAGGAAACAUUAUGCUCAUCAAGGAUAGACAAUGGAGAAAACAGAGGCACUGUCAUGUUAGCUUAUAUGAAGAAUUUGCAACAGAUUACAGAAUUUGCUCAGAAUGGUUCAAUGGAUGUCAACAUGUUUCCAGAAUAUGUACAAAUAUUGACUAAUCAAAAUUGUAAACUAUACAAACUGGUGAUCUCUGCAGCCAGAAAAGAUGUUAUUGAACAUUUUGAAAAUGAAAAUUAA